AUGUCACUACCAGAAGAACAUGAUCCUGCCCCAAACCCGGAUUUUGAGCCAGAUGAAACCCAAGACGCUGCGGAAGACGUCGACUCGGCUCUUGGAGAUGACGAUGACCUGCUGUCCACGUCAUCUCUGACAUCAAGCGUCUUCGAUUACAUUCAGGAACACGGGAGAACUUAUAACGCCUACGGCGAGCGAACCUAUGUCUUGCCCAAUGAUGAGAUGGAGCUAGAUCGACUAGACCUGCAACAUCAUCUUUUAAAGAUGACCUUUAACGACCGCUUGUCGACCUGUGGCGUGGAGAAGAGAAGGGAAUUGCACCAUGUGCUAGACAUCGGUACUGGAACGGGCAUCUGGUCGGUUGAAUUCGGUGAUCUUCAUCCGGAAGCAAUCGUGCUCGGAGUGGAUGUCAGCCCUGUGCAACCCAUAUAUGUUCCCCCUAACGUUAGGUUUGAAGUCAUGGAUGUCGGACAGCAAUGGGUUUUCAGCUAUCAAUUCGAUUUCAUCUUCAGCCGGUUCAUGACGGGGGCUAUUGCAGACUGGCGGCAGUUCAUCCAGCAAAGCUACGAAAACCUUGCUCCAGGCGCAAUGCUCGAGGUCCAAGAUAUAUCGUUCCACCUGGGGUGUGACGAUGGAACCCUUCCGCCGGAUUCUGCACUGGCCAAAUGGGCAGCUUAUAUGCUUGAAGCCAGUAGGCAGCUGGGGUGUCCGCUUGAUAGUGUCGAGUCCGUGAGGGAAAUCAUGAUCGAGACGGGCUUCGUCGACGUUGUGGAAACGCCUUACAUGUGGCCAAUGAGCCCCUGGAAGAAGAAAGAUCCCACGUUGAAGACGAUCGGAGUCUGGACUUAUCACAAUUUCACGGCAUCUCUGUCAGGCAUCAGUCUGGCCCUUUUUACACGAGGUUUAGGCUGGACGACCGAGGAGCUGGAGGCAUUUUUGAUCGACGUCCGAAAAGACAUGAGGAACACGAGGUAUCAUGCGUUCUGGCCCAUAUAUACCAUCAGUGGGACAAAGCCUGGAUAG